AUGGACACCAGUGGAGAAAUAGUUCCCGAGCCUCCGCAGCCCGAACAAUCUUUGGAGCAAACCACAGACUCGAGUCAAAAUAGGGCAUCGGGUACCGAUCGAAGGCAGGAUGUGCAACUUCUGGACAAGCCGGAAAUAAUUAAAGUUAUGAACUCUGAUGUGGCAAUCAAUGCUUUGCUAUUCAACUUGAAGCAGUCUUUGCUUACCUGCGAAGAGUUCAUCAAGUUUGUUAAGAAAAAGUGUUUGUUCGAGAAUGACCACGUUAUGGAACUAUCUAAGCAUUAUAAGCACUUUUUUCAGGAAACACAGCAUGUAUCCUCAUUAAAACGCGCAUUCCAUUCCGUUUUGGAGUUUGAUGGGAAAUUGGCUAAGAUUAAACUAAGUUACGUCAAGGCGCUACAAAAAAUGUGUGACGAAGUUAGUUCUUUGCUGUUAACAAUGACAAGGCUGCGGAAAAACGUCAAAGAGGAUAGUAAACGUUUAGAAAGGGAUGUAGUGGACUCCAUUCAUAAUGCAGAAAAGGCCCAAGCUAGAUAUGUUUCCUUGUGCCAAGAUUACGACAAGUUGAAAAUGACAGACCCAACAAAGACGAAAUUAACUUUGAGGGGCUCAAAAACCACAAAAGAGCAGGAAGAAGAGCUGUUACGGAAAAUAGACGGCGCUGAUAUUGACUAUCGGCAAAAAGUUGACCAUUCUAAUUCUUUGAGGGAUAACUUCUUGAAAAGAGAACGACCAAGAAUUGUGGCUGAGUUAAAAGAUUUGAUUCUGGAAAUGGAUACAGCGAUGGCAAUACAACUACAAAAAUAUAGUAUAUACACCGAAACGCUAAUUUUGAACAGCGGUGUUAGUGUAAGCCCUUUUGAAAAGACAAGCCAUUCAAUGAAGAGUUAUGCGUCGUCAGUGAGAAACGAAAAGGAUCUUUACGACUUCCUCAACAAAUAUAACGGUAACGGGAAGAACUCAUUACUGGUCAACAAGAGCUUGAUACCAGUUUCUUAUAAGAAACAUCCAUCCAUGGAACGCUUCAGCGGUGGUGCGAAAAAAUCGUCUCCUAAAUUUGUAGUGGACCCCUCCAGAAACUCGAUACCAAAACGACAAAUAUCUACCCAUGACAGUUCACCAUUUGACAAUCCUACUUCAAACCCCGCAACAUCUCCCAGUAAUUUCUCAUCACCCACUAUGAACUCAUCGUUCAAUGGGCCGAUAAUGUUGAAUUCACCAACUAAUAAUAACAUAAAAAGCGCCACGUCCAAACACACUAAAUCACAUUUGCAGCACCAACCUCUGCCUGCUACACCAGCAUCUUCAUCUAACUCAAUGAUAAAUAACGGCUAUGGAGAGGUUGGGGACAACUACGGGGGAGCUGAUGACAAUGAUGACGCUGGCAAAUCCUUCCAGUCAUUAGAUCCGGGGAAAAGGGAUGCAAGGAUACCUAGUAUACCUGCAACUGUGGAUACCACAGGCACUAUCGACACUGAUAGACCAUUAUCUCAAGUGCAGACAAAUACAACACUUCCACCGGGAAUACAAAGAAACUUGAAAACGUUUGGCGUUCCGCUAGAAAGCUUGAUCGAGUUCGAGCAGGACAUGGUUCCAGCUAUUGUAAGGCAAUGUGUCUUUGUUGUUGAUGAAUAUGGCCUGGAUUUGGAAGGAAUUUACAGAAAAUCAGCGAAUGUGUUGGAUGUCAGCAAACUGAGAGAAAAUAUAGAUAGUGACCCCGCUAACGUUUCAAUGAUAUUACCACCAAAAAAGUUCUCAGAGUCGGAUAUCUUUUUGGUUGGGUCCCUGUUGAAGAUGUUUUUUUCUUCAUUGCCAGAUACCCUUUUACCUAGUUCAAUAUCCCCUGAGGUGCAAACUUGUAUGGCAAUUGACGACCCUGUAAUGAGAAAGAACUACAUGCAUGGCUUGUUGUAUAAGCUACCUGACGCUCAGUAUUGGACAUUGAGAUCAUUGCUAUUCCAUUUGAAAAGGGUCAUAGCGCACGAGGAGAGCAAUAAAAUGAACUUAAAAGCCGUUUGUGUUAUAUGGGGCCCUACCAUUGUUCCACCGAGUAAUGAUGAUGUCAACGAUGUUAAUUAUCAGAUUGCUGCAAUGGAAGUUUUGAUCAAUGUAGCUGAGCAGGCGUUUGAGCCGGAAUGA